AUGUGUGUGGUGUGGAAUGCAGGAGUCAUCACGACCAAGGAGGCCUUGUCUGGCUUCUCUAACUCAGGCAUGCUUGCCGUCGGCGUCCUGUUCGUGGUCGUCCAGGCCAUCGAGCGUUCGCAGCUUGCGCCAUGGGCAGCGAAGCAUGUGUUUGGAAUGAGAACAGGCAUUCGGUCUGGCUUGUUCAGACUCUGCACGAUGUGCUUCUUUCUAUCUGCCUUCCUCAACAACACCCCAGUCGUUGCCCUGCUCACUCCCAUCACGAGAGACUGGGCCCGCACCCGCGGCUUCCCUCCUUCCCUCUUCCUCAUCCCCUUGAGCUUCAGCACCAUCCUCGGAGGCCUCCUCACCAUCAUAGGGACUUCGACGAACCUGGUGGUCGCAGCCCUGGCAGAGAACUUCGGGCUGGAGAAACCUGGCUUCUUCGAGAUCGGAUACAUCGGGCUGCCGACGGGCAUCCUGGGGGUGAUUUAUCUGGUGCUGUUCGGGCCGUUGCUGCUGCCAAGAGCUGGAGGAAUGUUCAGGUACAUGCAGGACAAGAACAAAGAGCUUAUCACUGAGGUGACGCUGACUGGGGAGUUUCCCUUCGUCGGGCAGCCAGUCGACAAGGCGCUUGCCAACCUCUCCAUCCAUCGAGACGCUCUGAUCAAGAUCAGGAGGGGCAUCAUGGGGCAGUUUGCGUCCUUGGGCGCGGAGCCCCAUCCUCCAAGCGAGGGUCCAGCAGCACCGGAGGAGGGAGGAGGGGAGGAGGGAGGGAGCCGAGCCGUGCCCCGCCGCUCCAACUGGAUCGACAUCUACCCUGUGCCGCAGAACGAGCUCCUGCAGGCGGGAGACACGCUGUUCUUCAGCGGGGGGAGGACAACGAUGAUGAAGCUGCAUGCGGAGGCCUACCGCGGGCUGGUCAUCCUCAAGGGAGACGUUCCUGACCUGGCGCAGGAUGGGAUGAAAUUCUUCGAGGUUGUGCUGAGCAACAGGAACGCCUUUGUGGGAGAUGUCGUAGCGCACUCGAGCUUCAGUCAGUUCUACGGCUGCAGCAUCCUGGCGCUCAGGAGGAAAGGUCGGUCAUCCCAGCCCAUCUCCACCUUAGAGAGCAGGCCCCAGGACGAGAACGCCAGCAGGACCAGCCUCAGCAACCGCAGGAGGAUCUACGGGGAGCUCGAGCACGAGAGGGAAGCGAGCUUGCCUCUCGACGACAUCACUGUAGAGCAUGCUGACGCCAGCAUGGGCGACGACGAGGACGCAGAGGUUCACUGCCGCGAGCCCCCGCUGGAGGUGUCGGAGAGUCACCUCAACGCCGGAGACGUCAUCCUCGCCUUGGCUCCAGCAGAGUUCGCGGAGAAAUGGACUGACUCCGACGACUUCCUCAUGAUCACCGAGCUAGGAGCCGUUGCUGCUCCUCCUACUCCCUUCGACUACUUCCCGCUCCUCGUCUUCAUCGGCAUGGUCGUCUGGGUAGUCGCCGCCAGCCCCAACGUCGACAUGGUCCAGUCGGCCAUGACGGCGGCGGCGCUGCUGGUAGCGGGAGGAUGGAUCGACGCCAAGAAGGCGGCCGGGUACGUGGCAUGGGAACUGAUGCUCCUGAUCGGGUCCAUGCUGGGAAUGAGCACGGCGAUCACCAGCUCGGGUCUAGCUGACAUAGUGGGGACGGCGAUGAAGAACGCGGGGAUGAGUCCCUUGGGGAGUCUGUUCCUGGUGUAUGGGAUCACCACAGUCAUGACGGAGAUUACCACUAACAACGCUGCCGCCGGGCUGAUCUUUCCUCUUGCCAUCGACGUGGCUUACAAGCUCGGCAUCUCGUACAAGCCCUUCAUGUUCACAGUGAUGUCGGCAGCGUCGGCGAGCUUCAUCACGCCCAUCGGAUAUCAGACCAAUAUGAUGGUCUGGGGUCCUGGCGGCUACACUUACUUCGACUUCAUGAAGAUCGGAAUCCCUCUCAAUAUCCUUCACAUGAUAACCACUUGCCUGCUGGUCAAUCAGUUCUGGAAGUUCGACGAGGCUAUUCAGUGGCCUGCCAGCAUUCACAAGUGA